GAUACCACUCAACAACGUUCACUAUGUCGCCUGGCAAGACCGCAACCAUUUCGUUCGAUGGUGACUUCGCCAACAUCAUCAAUGGUGAAGCACGCACAAAGUCAGACAACUAUCACCAAGGCGUCAACCCUGCCACUGGCGAGAAGCUCUGGAACGUGCCAAUUGCUACACAGUCAGAUGUCGAUGAGGCCGUUGCUUCGGCACAAAAGGCUUUCGAGUCAUGGAGUCGCAAGUCUCUCGAGGAGCGCAAGGAACUCAUGAAGAACCUCCGCGAUCUCUGGAGUGGUUACCAAGAAGAGUUUAUUAACCUGCUGUGUAAGGAGACUGGAAAGCCUAGACAGGUCUCCGCCAUGGAGGUUGGUGCCGUGGGUGCAUUCAUCGACCAUCACAUUUCUCUGAGUAUCCCCGAAGAGAGAGUCGAGGACGAUGAGAAGAUCAUGACAACGAGAUACAUGCCUUUGGGUGUUGUUGGUGCCAUCUGCCCCUGGAACUGUCUCGACAGUNUCCCUCUGGUUCUUUCUUUCGGCAAGAUCUGUCCUGCUCUACUUACUGGAUGCACCAUUAUCGUCAAGCCCUCGCCUUUCACUCCCUACACUUCGCUGAAGGCAAUCGAGCUGGCUCAAACUAUCUUCCCUCCAGGUGUCAUCCAGGUUCUUGGUGGUGAUGACAAGCUCGGUCCCAUGUUCACUGAGCACCCUGGCAUUGCAAAGAUUAGUUUCACCGGCAGCACCGCCACCGGAAAGAAGAUUAUGGCCGCCUGCAGCAAGACUCUCAAGCGUGUCACUCUCGAGCUUGGUGGCAACGAUGCCAGUAUCGUCAGAGAAGAUGUUGAUAUUGAGGCUACUGCUCCACAGCUUGUCAUGGGAGCCUUCCAGAACAGUGGUCAAGUUUGCGUUGCUACCAAGCGUAUCUACAUUCACGAGAAGAUCUACAGACCCAUGGUCGAUGCAAUGGCCAAGGUUGCUGCCAGCCUCAAGGUCGGCACUGAGCAGGACGCAAUGUUGGGACCCAUCCAAAACCAGAUGCAAUAUGAGAAGGUCAAGACCUUCUUCCAGGACAGCAAGGACAAGGGCUACAACUUCAUUGCUGGCAGUGGCGAUGUCGAGAAGAAGGACGGUUUCUGGAUCCAGCCGGCCAUUAUUGACAACCCUCCCAACGACAGCAAGGUCAUCCAGGAAGAGCAGUUCGGCUUGAUUCUUCCUGUUCAACCUUACUCUGACGAGGAAGAAGUCAUCAGCCGCGCCAAUGACACCAACUCUGGUCUAGGUGCUUGUGUCUGGAGCAAGGAUGAGAAGGCUGCCGAGCGCAUUGCCCUUCGUCUGCAGGCCGGCAGUGUCUGGAUCAACUCGUUCGAGAAACCCACUCCUCAAGCUGGUAUCGGUGGUGAGUGGGGUACACAGGGUCUGCUGUCCUACUGCAACCCUCACGUUGUUCACUUGUACAAGAGCAAGUUG